AUAUGCUAUCGGAACUGAGGGUUGUGCUUAGAUACAGAGGGCGCUUAGGAUCUACGAUAGCUGCCUCGCUAGAAGUUCCUGAGCUGUGUAUGGCAAUGGGAUCUAUCUCAGAACGAAGAAAAGAGCUGGUGGAAUCGAAGGAUAGGCUGUAAAGAGCCUUGCCAAUGUUGAGCGUCUGCAGACACGCGCCGCUGCCUGUAUCCCACACCUUGACGGUGUUGUCCUAUGACGCCGACGCCAGCUUGCUCGAGUCGUGCGAGAAGGCUACAGAGGUGACAUGGCUGCUAUGGCCCUCGAGCGUCUGCAGACAAGCACUCCAGCUGCUGCUCAUUGCUGGCUUGAUGGUGAUUCCUUUCGGCUCUUCGUGUUGAAACAAUCUUCUAGUCAAACUUCCUGUGGGGUUGAACAAUAGCGCAGAUGCAUACAUCUGCAGAGGGUAGCUCUCGAUUACCCCUUUGUG